ACUCAAAACUCCUUUACUUGGAUUGGCAACAGCGUAUAAAAAGUAGAAAAAUUAAUUUAAAAUGAGAGUUCCGUUGUUAACAUGAAAAAAGAAAUGUGAUUUGAGCAUUCAAAAUAUUAAAAUAACAAUAUAUGAAGUUACAAAUGAAUAAUUGAAAAAGUAUUUAUUUAUUAAUCCUUAAUAAACAUUUUUAUAAAAAAAAAUCGUGUUUUAAAUUAAUAUUGUUAGGCAAAAAACUACAAGGGAGCUAUACAAUUAUUAAACAGUUUUCUUGAGUGACAUUAUAUUUCAUCAAAAAAUGCAACCGGAAGUGCUGCAGAUGUUUCAGGACAGACUCCGGGCGCCGUUCACCGCUAUAUCCGGGUUUUCAUUUGAAGGACUUAGAUUCCCCUCACAUCACCCUGCGUUCCCUUUGCUGCAUCUCGGGCUAUUUCCGCUGAUGAGUGCGCAUGCGUACAAUCAUGCGCGCGGUAUUCCACCUGUUCCUCACAUCCCGAUGGUACCCGGCAUGUACUCUGUGCAACGUCGGAACAACAUUUCGCCGGCAAGCACGUCAUCAUAUUUAAAUCCUGCUGUCCCAUUCAGUCAUCAAGACGUCGACUUGGCGCUUUACGAGUACACGAAAACCGCCCCAGAAGACAAUACAAAGAACGCCUCGACUGGGAUCAAAUCAGGGGACUUGAGCUAUGGUAUAGAUAGGAUACUAAGCGACCGAUGCAGCUCCACCCCUCCGUCGUCGUCGGCAGUCACCCAGAAAUCGAGCCCCCGGGCGCAGCGGCGGGAGGAGAAAGGCGAGGAGCGCAUGGGAACCAAACAUACACUUGAGCUACCAGAAGGUUUGGUUAUCCGCCAGACGCUGGUUGCUGGCGUGCCGCAUUACGGCGUGUUUUGCAACAAGCCGCUCAUUGAAAAGGGAACCAAGUUUGGUCCGUUCAAAGGGCGCGUCAUCAACGCCGGUGAGAUGAAGCCACCGGAAGAAAACAGUUCUAUGUGGGAGGAAGGAAAGCUGAGUCAUUUCAUCGACGGCCGACGAAACGCCGGCAACUGGAUGGCUUUGGUGAACUGCGCAAGAUUUGCACAGGAACAGAAUCUUGUAGCAUUGCAGGUGGAGGGAGACGUGUUUUACGAGGCGUGCCGGGACAUACCACAGGGGAGAGAACUCCUGGUCUGGUACGGGGACGCCGCCUACCAGCCGCUCAUGGGUGGCGUGCCCGCUACGCGUAGAGAGAAGACCGAAAAUGACUCGUUAAAGGAGGCGGAGAGCUCGGAGGGCUACCAGUGUGAAAGGUGCGGCAAGGUGUUCGCCUACCGCUACUAUCGCGACAAACACCUGAAGUACACGCGCUGUGUCGACCAGGGAGACCGGAAGUUCCCGUGCCACCUGUGCACGAGAUCAUUCGAGAAGCGCGAUCGUCUGCGAAUUCACAUUCUGCACGUGCACGAGAAACAUCGGCCGCACAAAUGUGUCGUCUGCAACAAGAGCUUCAGCCAGUCUUCCAGUCUCAACAAACACAUGAGGGUGCACAGCGGCGAGCGGCCGUACAAGUGUGUGUACUGCAAUAAAGCGUUCACAGCGUCCAGCAUCCUGCGGACCCACAUCCGACAACACUCCGGCGAGAAACCUUUCAAAUGCAAGCAUUGUGGGAAGGCAUUUGCAUCUCACGCGGCGCAUGACAGUCACGUGAGGAGAACCCACGCACGUGACCGCCAGUGCACGUGCUCAGUGUGUGGGAAGUCGUACUCACAGCCGUUUGAACUAAAAUUCCACAUGACCAUUCAUCUAAACGAAUGAACUAACUAUACUGUGUUGUUGUUUAUUGGAAAUUGAAGUGUUGUAUACUGAUUGUAGUCAAUUUACGUAAUGUGAGUCGCGUGAUUGACUGUGCUGAAAAUGGUCUAUUCGCCUCACAAUUUGCUUUUUUUAUUUAUCUUUAACUGUGUGUUUAUGUUUAUUUUGAUUAUUGAGAUACAAUUCUGGUAGUUUUGUUUACAUAUUAA